AGAAUUGUGAAUACGAAAAGGACCGGUUGCAAAAAUAUCUUUGGCAAGAUAAAAUGCCGUCGGUUCGCCGGAUGAUCCUGGGACACGUCAUGUCCGGCCUGUGUACCAAAAUGAAUCGCAUGAAAAAGCUUCAAGGCGAUUUACUCGAAACUCCGAUGAAAAGAUGCCUCUCGACGUUCGACAUUACGUUACUCGGCGUGGGUCAUAUGGUUGGCGCUGGAAUCUACGUUCUAACAGGAACGGUAGCUCACGACACGGCUGGUCCGGGUGUAAUUUUGAGCUUUCUACUCGCUGGUCUAGCCUCUUUAUUAGCGGCACUGUGUUACGCGGAAUUCGGUGCACGAAUUCCAAAAGCUGGUAGCGCUUACGUUUACACCUACAUUUCUGUCGGUGAAUUCUGGGCCUUCGUGAUCGGAUGGAACAUUAUAUUAGAGCAUAUGAUCGGCGCUGCGUCCGUGGCCAGAGCCUGGAGCGGAUACGUCGAUUCUUUGGUAGGAGGAUCAAUCGGCAAUUAUACUCGUCACAUAAUGCACGGGUACACGAUGGGCGAACCGCUGGGAAGUAUUCCCGAUUUUCUAGCCGCUGGACUCUGCCUAGCUUACGCGAUGUUGCUGGCACUAGGCGUGAAAUGUUCAGCAACGGUUAAUUCUUUACUCACCAUCGUGAAUUUAGCUGUGAUGGCAUUGGUAAUAGGAUUGGGAAUUGCUUACGCGAAACUCUCCAAUUGGAGCGACGAGAACGGAGGAUUUUUACCUUAUGGUUUUAGCGGUGUAUUGGCAGGCGCUGCAACGUGCUUCUACGCUUUCGUGGGUUUCGAUUCCAUCGCAACUUCCGGCGAAGAGGCCCGCGAUCCUGGAUACAGCAUACCUCGGGCAACUCUCUUCUCGAUGGCGAUCGUCACCAUAGGAUACGUGUUGGUCAGUGCGGCUUUGACCUUAGUCGUACCACAUUGGAGCAUCAAUCCCACAGCAGCUCUUCCCGAAGCUUUCUCCUCGAGAGGAAUAUCAUGGGCGAAAUACGUGAUAAGUGUUGGAGCUUUGUGCGGAAUGACGACAACCCUCUUCGGGUCCCUGUUCUCUCUGCCACGAACAAUGUACGCGAUGGCGAACGACGGUCUUCUCUUCGGUUUCCUCAGCCACGUCAGCGAGCGUACCCAAGUUCCGGUCCUCAACUUGGCCAUCAGCGGUUCCCUCAGUGCCUUGAUCGCCUUACUCUUCGAUCUCCAGCAUCUAGUCGAAUUCAUGUCGAUCGGUACUUUCUUGGCCUACACCAUCGUCUCGGCAAGCGUGAUUAUUUUGAGAUAUCGUCCAGAGAAAAAUACACCUGCGCCGUCGAACGUUGGAACACCUAGUAGUUUAGCCUCACCUCCCACGGAGGGUGCCGAUUCCAACAGCGAUUGUAACAGCAUCACAUCCGCAGAAUCUGAAAUGUUAGACCUGAGCGAUGCCACUGGUAAACUGAAGCCACGAUACGUCUGGUUAGCAAACUUUUUGGGCAACUGCAAGCCUGGAGAUGCCGUGACCGGUUGCGUAAUGAUUUAUAUAGCUGGAUGCAUUUUUCUCUGUCUCCUAUUGAUACUGAUAACCCAGACCUACUUUGCUCCAGCAUGGUGGGAUUAUUUUGUUCUUGCGAACGUUGUGCUCUUGCUGAUCGGAUGUUUGUUCGUUAUCGCUGCGCAUCAACAAACACAAUCCAAUGGUAAAUUCCGCGUGCCCGUAGUGCCGAUAGUACCAGCCCUGAGUAUCUUGUUCAACGUUGGAUUAAUGUUCCACUUGUCCCUUUUAACGUGGUUACGAUUUCUCGUCUGGAUGGUAGUUGGGAUGUUGAUAUACUUCCUGUACGGGAUUCACUACAGCAAAGAGGCCGCCAGCCCUAAUACCUAUUCGAUUUUAAUGGCAACUUCGGAAGCUGGUCGGGGCGCAAAGUGGGGUGCUACGUUACGAGUGAAUCAGAAGAGCGACAAGGUUCCAAUUCUCAAACGCGGAAUCUAA